UGAACUUCCAGCUUGAUAAGCAGCAGUUUGUGUGAGUUUAGAGGCGCUGAAUCAUUUGAUCGGAGCUACUGCAGAAGGUACAUCAUGGUGCACAGAGUGGCGGUGAUCGGGUCCGGCCCCAGCGGUCUGACCAGCGUGAAGGCCUGUCUGGAUGAGGGCAUGCUGCCAACGUGCUUCGAAAGCAGCGACGACAUCGGCGGACUGUGGAGGUUCAAGGAGGUGUCAGAGCCCAACAGGGCCAACAUCUACCGCUCUCUCACCAUCAACAUCUCCAAGGAGAUGAUGUGCUACAGCGACUUCCCCAUCCCCGCAGAUUACCCCAACUACAUGCACCACACCAGAAUCCUGGCGUACUUCAGGAUGUAUGCGGAACACUUUAAACUGCUGCGACACAUUCGCUUCCAGACCUCGGUGAAGAGUAUUAAACAAAGGCCGAACUUUGCUCACUCUGGUGAGUGGGAGGUGGUGACGGAGAGUAAAGAUGGACAGCAGGAGGGCCAUGUCUUUGAUGCAGUCAUCUGCUGCACUGGCCACUUCACCUACCCUCACCUGCCACUCAAAGACUUCCCAGGAAUUGAGACAUUUCCAGGGAAAUACUUCCACAGCUGGGACUACAAGGGGCCCGAGGACAUGGCCGGGAAACGAGUGGUGGUGAUCGGCAUCGGUAACUCGGGAGGCGACAUCGCGGUGGAGAGCAGCAGAUUGGCGCAGGAGGUUUACAUGAGCACUCGAAGCGGCGCCUGGAUCGUCCGCCAGGUUUCCGACAACGGCAUUCCCCUCGACAUGAAGUACGUCACGCGCUUCAUCCACAUCCUCUUCCAGCUGUUGCCCAUCAACUUCCUCAACCGGAUUACUGAGAAUAAACUCAACGCCAUGUACGACCACAGCAUGUACAGCCUCAAGCCCAAACACAGAUUCUUCAGUCAGAUCCCGGUGAUCAACGACGAUCUGCCCUUUAAGCUUCUGUCCGGGGCGGUCAACCUCAAACCAAACGUGAAGGAGAUCUGCGGCGCCACCGUGGUGUUCGAUGACGGCACCACUGUGGAAAAGGUAGAUACAAUCGUGUUCGCCACAGGUUACAACUAUGAUUUUCCGUACAUACCGAGCGACGCCAUAUACAAGUCCGGGCACCGCGUGGGUCUGUACAAGCACGUCUUUGCCCCCAACCUGGAGCAUCCCACUCUGGCCGUCGUAGGUUUCAUCCACGGCUUUGGAUCCAUCAUGCCGCAGGCUGAGAUUCAGGCUCGCUGGGUUGCACGCGUCUUCAAAGGAGAUAAAAAGCUGCCUUCAAACCGGGCCAUGAUGAAGGCGGUCGACAAGGACACCAAGGACAUAGAGAACAACUACAUAGUGUCGAAGUUGACGCCGCUACAUGUAGACUACGUUACCUACAUGGAUGACAUAGCAGGAGAGGUCGGGGUUCGCCCGAGUCUCCUCUGGCUCUUCUUCACGGACUACUCGCUGUUUCAGUGGGUUCUGUGGGGACCCCUUACAGCCUACCAGUACCGCUUGAAGGGAUCAGGGAAAUGGGAGGGAGCCCGCGGGGCGAUCUUCACCCAGUUCGACCGCAUGUUCCAGCCCUUAAAGACGAGAAAGCUGGAGGCAGAAAAGGCGUCCAUCCUAGGCCGCCUUACGAAGCUGAGCCUCGCCGUCGUGGCUGGAGGAGCUGCCGGCUACUACAUCCACGCUCGCAACCCGGCCAUCAUCCCGGCCCUGCUGUCCAACCUUCGUCCACAAGCAGUCUGAACACGUUGCGGUGAUGGGACGAUCUUAAUCUAGUUCCUUUUAGAGAUCUAGCUCCUCCUGUUUGGGUAGUUGUUUCAGGAAUGCUUAUGUCAUUGUCUGAGCUGCUGAGUCAAGAGGUAUUAAUGUCGCUAUAUCUCUACCCUAUAGUUUAAUUAAUAGCGGGAAUGUAAAAGACAGUUUUUUCUUACGGGAAUAAACCAUCUAACCCGUCAUUGUGUGUCCAUAUGAUAAUAUUGUAGGAGCGCAGUAAUAAACUCAGUCGACAAGGUU